UGUUUAUUUUAAUAAAAAUUGUUUAAUAUUUCUUUUGCAUCAGUUGUUAACACUUUUGCAUUUCUUACUCAAGUUUAAACCAUUUCCAUGGGGCGCUUAAACUAGCAAACAAAAUUAACUGAUUGAGUAUUCAAAAACAACUUUCGAAGAUUUAUUUCAAUUUAAUCCUUUACCUAAAGAUUGCCACUUUAGAAGAGAGGUUUAGAGAAAACUCUAAUUGAUCUGGCAAUUAUGUUUGCAGUAACAGGCUUCAAAAUUGUGUUGGAAUACAAACACAUAUUACUUUAUGUCAACAAUCUAGAAGUUUAAAUGUAAACAAAUCUCUACAUUUCGCUAAAAAAAAUUAAGUAAAUUUAAAAACUGUACAAAUUUAGAAGUGAAAAGGUUAACAACAUAGCGGAUAAUUUCUUAGAAACGUAUAAAUUAUGGAUGCAGAAAAGACAAUAACAAACAAAACAGUACCUACGCCACCGCCACCAACGAGUUUAGUCAAAACAGUAAAAAGUGCAUUUAACGCAAGACUACUAACUCUAGAGUAUAAUAAUUCAAAAACAGAAUGUCUUGUACCUGAAACAUUUCUAAAAGAAGCAUUUGAACAAUUACAGCAUAAAGUUAAAAAAUUUUUAAAGGUUAAUAUUGCUUUCAAAUUUAAUAUUGUGCUAAGCGCAGUUUAUGCUAAACAAAAUCCUAAGGACUUGGAAAAUACUGCCGUGGAAUUAAAAUAUUUUCCAACAGAUACAAAAGAAGUUUUUGAUAUUAAAUGUUAUGAGGAGUUAUUUAAAGAAAAUAUUAACAGCAUUGUACGCCAGACAGAAGAAUUCCAUGGUAAAUGUGGCAGUUGGUCUAUAGUGCAGUUAAUUAAAUUGGAAUUAAAUCUAUAUAGAUAUCAACCUUUAAAGGGUUCCAGUUAUAUACCACUACCAUCAAAUAUAGUAAAAAGACAUGCCAUUAUAAAUGUUAAAAAUAAAGAUAUUUACUGUUUCAAAUGGGCUCUAAUGGCGGCUAUAGCUGACUUGGGUCAACGUCCCAAUAAAUACAAUGUCGGCAAUAAUAUAAGCUGUGAAAUUAUAAAAUUUAAAGGUUAUAAUUUAAAUUUCAAGGGUUUAAGCUUUCCACUCAAACUAAACGAUAUUUCUAUAUUUGAGGACAAUAAUCCAAAUAUAAGUAUAAAUGUAUUUGGUUAUGAUAAAGAAACUAAUAAAAUUGUUGGUCCUUAUUAUAGAAGAAAAGCAAAAAGAUCAAAACAUAUAAACCUUUUGUUUCUUCAAGAUAAAUCUAAUUCACAUUAUGUAUGGAUAAAAAAUAUGUCGAGAUUACUUAAAUCUCAACUAACGCAGAAUCCAAGAAAACUUUAUAUAUGUGAUGAUUGCUUGCAACAUUAUAAUGAAAAGAACAGAUUGGAGGAGCAUUUUCAAAAUGAUUGCCAAAAGAUCGUAAAUAUACCCAAAAAAGAUAAUACUAUAUUAGAAUUUAAGAAUUGUGAUAAAACCAUAGAUGUGCCAUUUGUUAUUUAUGCAAAUUCUACAUAUAUAUAUGAAAAUCUUGAAACUAGAAGUAAUCCAAAGCCAUAUGCUUUUUGUUAUUUUAUAAAAUGUAAUUUUAAUGAAACUUUAGACAAAUUGCGCUGCUUUAAAGGACAUAAUGCGGCUGGAGAAUUUGUCAAGAGUUUAAUUAAAGAUGUUAAUUAUUUUUAUAGCAAUUAUCUAACCAAAUUAAAGCCCAUUAAACAAAAUUUAAAUGAAACUGAAAAUUUAGAAUUUCUUAAAAACGAUAAAUGUCAUAUUUGUUUGGAUAAAAUUAACAAUUGUGAGAUAUUUGUUAAAGAAUUUUAUAGUUUCGACAACGAACCAAUUAAUUUUAUUUCACAAAAUAAAAACGAUUACAUAUCAUUGACGAAAAUUAUAAAUACUGAUAUAGGUGCUAAAAUUGAAAUAAGAUUUUUAGACUCCUUUAGAUUUUUACCCAAAAAAUUAGCUGAUCUAGUUAAAGAUUUAAAAAUACAAGAUUUUAAAAUAAUUAAAUCCAUGUUUCCCAAUGAUGAUCUUAAGUUUAAUCUACUUAUAAGAAAAGGAGUUUUUCCCUUUGACUAUUUAAAUUCAUGGGAAAAACUUAACGAUACUUGUUUACCUAGUCGUGAACAAUUCUACAACCAAUUGAAUGAGCUGGAAUGUUCUUUAGAGGACUAUAAACAUGCUCAAGAUAUUUGGACUACAUUUAAAUGUAAAAUAUUACAAGAUUAUUUAAUAAUGCAUUUAAAAACUAAUGUUAUGUUACAGACGGAUGUAUUUGAGUAUUUUAGAAGAAUUUGUAAAUGUAGUUACAGCUUAGAUCCCUGCCACUACUAUACAGCAGAGGAACUCUCUUGGGAUGCCAUGUUAAAAAUUACAAAAUUUAGAUUUGCUUCAUUAACUGAUAAAACUAUGAUUUCAUUUUUACAAAAAGGUUUACGUGGUGAUGUGGCGGUUUGCUCUCAAAGAUAUGCCAAAGCAAAUAAUAAAUAUCUUGAGGAUUAUAAUGAUCAAUUGCCAGCCAAAUAUUUAAUACAAUUCGAAAAUGAGAAUUUAUACGAUUGGGCCAUGUCACAAGUUCUACCAGAAAGAGAUUUUAAAUGGUUAACGGAUGUUGAAAAAUUUUCUUUAGAUUCUUUAACAAAUGAUAACAAUUAUGGUUACAUAUUAGAAGUUGACCUGAAAUAUCCUCAAGAAGUACAUGACUUACAUAAUAGCUUACCCUUUUGCUGUGAAAAGAAAACUUUUCUCGAUUUUAAAGAAGAGAAAUUACUUGUUGAUUUAAAUGAUAAACAUAAUUACAUUAUUUACCAUAAAAAUCUACAACAAUGCUUAAAACAUGGUUUAAAAUUGCAAAAAAUUCAUCGUAUACUUAAGUUUAAACAAAGUAAUUGGUUAGAGAAGUAUAUAAUCAUCAAUGGUAAGGGUAAAACGAAUUUUGAAAAAUAUGUUUUUAGAUUAUUAAAUAAAGCUUUAUACAAUAAAAUCAUGGAGAAAAGAUAUAAGGAUACAACUAUAAAGGUAUUUAACAAAUGGGAAAAUGAAGCCAGAAAAGCAGGAGUUCGUGCCUAUGUAGCUAAGGCUGAAUUUCGAAAUGCACAUAUAUUUGAAGAAAAUCUAGUGGCAAUAGAAUUAGAUAAUACCUAUAGCUACUAUAAACCGAUUUAUUUAGAGUUUAUAAUAUUGGAAUUGAUUAAAUGGAAAAUGUAUAAUUUUCAUUAUGAUUGUAUGAUGCCAAAGUUUAAUGAUAAUAUACAAUUAAACUAUAUGGAUGCUAAUGUAUUAAUUUAUACCAUAACUAUGAAUGAUAUAAAGAUUUAUAAAGAUUUAAAAUUUCUACAGAAUUUAGAUUUUAAGGUAAAUGAGAAAAUUUUCCUAAAAUGUUAUAUAGGUUUAAGAUCUAAAAUGUAUUCUUUAAAAAUUGUACAAUCUGGAGAAAAUGUUUGUAAAAAUGGUAUUAUUUCUUUAACUAAUUUAAAAUUUUGUUUUUCGAAUAAAACUCUUAAUUGUCUUCCUUUUAGUGAAUUUAAUUCAAAAUUACACAAUUUAUACUCGGAACUCAUUAGGGAUGAAUCUUCAAAAUAUUUAGAUAAUAAGAGAAUUAUAUAUUAUGAUAACAUUAAUACAUUAUCUAGGGGUCAUUAUAAAAAUGAUGACUGUGUUAUGAGUGAAUAACUACAUAUUUAUAAUUAAGUACUAAACUUAAGUUUGAAAAAAAUUUUUUUACAAAAUUUUUAAAUAAAUUAAGAAUAAAGUGAUAUAAAUAUAAACAUUGUUUUUUAAU